CUGGUGUUCUCUAUUAAGGUUGAUGUCAAUAAACACUCAAAAUGUUGGUCCGUAGGCUUCUGGGAUUGGCCUCCCGAGGCCAUACUAAGUACACCCGACACACUUCAGGACACGCCCCACACGAGCUACAGCUCACUGCCAUCCCCUACCACUACCAUGAAGGGUUUCUGCCCGAAACUCGCGAGCAAUUUCAGAGCUCGUUUUUGAUAUACGAUGAUUUCAUCUCUGUGGAGGAAGAGCAAUCCCUGUUCAAUGAAGUGGAGCCCCAUCUCAAACGUCAGACCUACGAAAAAGACCAUUGGGACGAUGCCAUCUCCAAUUUUCGCGAAACGGAGCGAAAGCACUGGAACGCCCACAACCUCCCCGUGAUCCAACGCCUCCAAAAAUUCGCCUUCGAGCCCCACCUCAAACUCCUGCCUUACGUUCAUGUACUCGAUCUGGCUCCUCAAGGCUACAUAAAGCCGCACAUAGACAGUGCCCGGUUUUGCGGCGACAUCGUGGCCGUGCUGAGUUUGCUCUCGGACUCUGUGGCCAGAUUCGUCCACGACCAAUCCAAAGAUCAAAUCGUGGAUUGUCUGGUACGCCAAAGGUCGCUCUAUGUGAUGAAAGGCUCCUCUAGAUACGACUUUACCCAUGAGAUCCUGAGAUCCGAGGACUCUAUUCUAAAAGAUCCAAAUGACAAUGAACGGAAGAUCGACAAAACUCGGCGAAUUUCCAUUGUUUGCCGUUGUGAACCGGAUGUGACCAUUCGACACAAGACCUAAAUAAGGAUGAAUGAAAAAUGGCGACGAGUUAUUGGCUUUUUUUUGCAAAAGAGAACCUUUAUUGUGUGCCGUCAA